AUGUACAGACGAUCGAGACAAACCGACGCUGACGAGCUCUCAAUAACACUCAGCAAAUCGAUUCAUCCUCUCCAUGUGAUAGCAUGCGCAAGUGUGGCAAUGUCGCAUCUGGGUGUACCUAUUCUUCUUGGGGUAGUUGCUCCGAAUCGAGCGUCUGCCUACGAAAUAAUGGAGACCUAUCCAAACGCGCAGCAAAAGCUCGAGGAAAUCAACGUGGGCUACAGACGCUUGGAUCGGUCUUGUAUGGUGUUUGAUUAUCCUUGUGAUGGCCGAACAGAGGGAUAUAUGCAGCUUUACUUGCUCCCUCAUUAUUUUGCCCACGUAUUUCCAGACAGUCAAGACCCUUCGUUUCAGGUAGAAGGUACAGCGUUGACUCAACACUUUCAGACAUACGGCAAUUUACACUACCCGCUGGAAUCCGUGCUAGUGGAAAGCUUGGUCAAGGCUGCUAUAGAUGAAGAAUCGCAAGCGGUGGGGUGGUAUAGUGUUAAUUUUGGUCGGAUAUAUGAGGCUAAACAUGGCCCUAUCGAUCGCCGCAUCUCCAAGUGUCCUCGCUCAGGAAGGGAGAUGUGUGCGGAUAUGAGAGUUAAUCCACUUUGA